UGUUCGCUGCUGCUUGCUUGCUUGCUCGCUCGUUUCUGGUUGUAUGCAGAACAUAUUUUCCAUACCAAGCCUGGACUUCUCCUUCUAGAUAGCGGGGCUGGGACGCGUUAAUAGUUAGAUUACUGGUCUUUGGUCACUGAGUAUUGUUCUCGUUCGCAGUCUAAGUGAACCCGUGAAGCUUCAAACCUAACAAUUUGGCGACGGUGAUUACGGAAAUAUGGAUCCAUCUAAACUUGAAUUAUUACUCGAGCAGCAGAUGAAACUUAUUCAAAUAUUAGCAGAUGCAAAGCUUACGUCUAAUUCUCAACCAAGCAGUUCUAAUCCUAUUACUACUGCACCGUCAGUUGAUGGUAUUGCUAACAGUAUCUCCGAGUUUCAUUACGAUCCAGAAUCCAAUGUCACGUUUGAUAUGUGGUUUCGACGUUAUGAAGACUUAUUCAAAUUUGAUUUUGCCAACCAGGAUGAUGCUUGGAAGGUCCGCUUGCUGCUUCGAAAGUUGGGUCCUAGUGAACUAGACAAGUAUUGCAAUCUAAUUCUGCCUUUAAACCCACGCGAUCGUUCAUUCUCCGACACUGUCCAGUCAUUGAGCCAACAAUUCGGAGACAACUCCUCACUAUUCAAUGCGCGCUAUCGAUGUUUGAAGCUCACUAUGAACGAAGAUGAUGAUUUUCUCACACAUGUGGGUAUUGUCAACCGAGAAUGUGAACGUUUCCGAUUGAAGUCGCUUACUGAAGAUCAAUUUAAAGCACUCAUUCUCAUCUGCAGCCUUCAAUCGCAGAAGUUCAGUGACAUUAGAACACGUUUGCUUAGUCGAUUGGACCAAGACCCAAAACUAACUCUUAAUGAUAUUGCAAAUGAAUAUCAACGUCUAAUCAAUCUACAGCGUGAUACUACAAUGGUCCAGCGUGGUGGUUCAAAUCGUACCGAAGUUCAUGUAGUCCAACAACCACUCAACUCGCAUAAAUCUGCCCCAGCUACAUCUAGUUCAGGUCGACAGACAAAAACAAAUCCUCCUGCUCCAUGCUGGCACUGCGGUGCAUGGCAUUUUGUUCGAUACUGUCCACAUAAGCAACAUCGGUGCAGGAAAUGUAAUGUGGUGGGUCAUAAAGAUGGUUUUUGUCGAAAAAAGAAGCCGAGCAACUCCAGAGGUACCAGAAAACCUACGCCUAGAUCCAACACGAAUUCGUUGAGUCUAAUAGCAAGCUGUGAGAACUCAACCCCAGUCGAGAGGAAAUUUAUUACCCUUAGUAUUAAUGGGCACCCUCUUAGAUUGCAAAUAGACACUGCAUCUGAUGUAACGAUUCUCUCACGAAAAUCUUGGAUCAGAAUGGGAAGACCACGACUGGUGCCGACAACACAAAAACCGCGAACCGCAUGUGGUAAUUAUCUACGGUUGUUGGGACAACUAGAUUGUAAAGUGUCUUUUCAUGAUUCGACGUUUACCGGGUUAUGUUACAUCACACCAGCUAAUCUUAAUCUACUUGGGUUAGACUGGUAUGACCAGCUACAUUUAGCUGACGUUCCGUUAAGCACCGUAUGCCAUCUGGUUGAACAACCUCAUGAACCUGGAGCAUAUUCGAAAGAACCAAUGACGGAGUUUUCAACCAGCGAACAUCAUACGUCCGGCGAAGAUGCAGUUAUUGCCUCCCUAUUGACAGAGGACUACGCGCAUUGUUACCUGACAACCGCUAUUCGUGCUUUGCCAGUCUCAACAUCUGAAAUACAAUCUGCAUCCAAGAAUGACUCCAUCAUAAAGAGAGCGAUGAAAUACGUCACCAAUGGCUGGCCGCCAAAUGGACUCGAUGGUGACUUGAAGCAGCUUUACCACCGUCGGGACUCAUUAUGUAUCGUAGAUGAAUGCUUGAUGUUUGGAGAUAGAGUAGUGGUGCCAGAGUCCCUAAGAUCAAGGGUGCUAAAGCAAUUCCACACUGGUCAUCCUGGCAUAAAACGAAUGAAAUCCAUCGCUAGAAGCUAUGCUUAUUGGCCCCUCAUGGACCAACAUAUUGUGGAUUUAGUAGGCAAGUGCACACAGUGUCAACAAGCAGCCAAGUGUAACGCAAAAUUACUGCCGGUCCCAUGGCCACAGCCUAAGUAUCCCUGGUCCAGGAUACAUGUCGAUUUCGCAGGCCCAAUUAAUGGAAUCACCUAUCUAGUCGUUGUUGACGCCUUUUCAAAAUGGCCAGAAAUCGUUCCUGUCAUACCACCAACGACAACUCAAACGAUAAAACUUUUGACAGAGAUGUUCUCUCGCAACGGGUUACCGGAUAUAAUCGUUUCCGAUAAUGGUUUGCAAUUCACCUCAAGUCAAUUUCAAGAAUUUUGCAAACGCCUAUCGAUCAAGCAUUUCCGCUCUCCACCUUACCACCCACAGUCAAAUGAACAAGCAGAAAGAUUUGUAGAUACAUUCAAGAGAGCUCUAAUGAAGUCGAAAGGGGAGGGGACGACAGUAGAAACACUGCAGAAAUUCUUGUUUGUUUACCGAACAACACCUAGUGAUAUGCUACCACAGCAGAAGUCCCCGGCAGAGAUCCUGAUGGGAAGGAAAUUGAGGACGAUCCACAGUCUCAUGUGCCCAAGAUCCACACCACCACCAUCCCAUAACAAAUCUCAGAAGCUUCCAGCGUACGAGGUUGGAUGCCCCGUGUUCGCUCGAGACUACAGAGCAAAUCAUGGUCCUUGGAUCGAAGCACGUGUGAUUAGAAGACUAGGUCAAGUUAUGUACGAGGUAAAGGUGGGAAGAGACACGUGGACUAGACACCGAAACCAACUACGUAAGCAGAUUGCCCCAGACCACCCAUCAAAUGGAGUAAAUCUUCCCCUCGACAUCUUGCUUGAUACUUUCAACUUACCUGCAGCCACAUCACAAGAAGCUCAACAGCAAGCUGAUCCCCGUCCCAGAAGGUGGCCUCUCCGUCAGCUGCGAACUACAGUCAAAAUGCAAGUCGACCCCAGAAAAGCGCGCUAUUAAAAAGGGGAGGAGUGUUGGGACGGUAUAUUCCCAAAAUUCAUAUUUGUAAUUUUAUCAUAUCGAUUGACUCAUCGAUUAAAUAUUUGGAUGGAAGUCACAUGAUGAACUUAUCGACUAAAUAUUCGAAUGCCUGUCGAGUGAUGAACUGAAUGAGUCAUGUUUAAAAAUAACAUUUUAAUAUGACAAUAUCGAUUUUAUAUAUUUAUAUAUAUAUACGUUUAAAAUUGUGUCUGAGCGUUCACUACUGUUCGCUGCUGCUUGCUUGCUUGCUCGCUCGUUUUCUGGUUGUAUGCAGAAUAUAUUUUCCAUACCAAGCCUGGACUUCUCCUUCUAGUUAGCGGGGCUGGGACGCGUCAAUAGUUAGAUUACUGGUCUUUGGUCACUGAGUAUAGUUCUCGUUCGCAGUCUAAGUGAACCCGUGAAGCUUCAAACCUAACAGGUUAGCGUCCCCAUCCCGUAGAAAACAAACUUGCUAAAAAACGCUUACCAGAAAAAGCAAUCCAAACCAUUUAAACUCUGCCCUUGGAGUUAGAAGGUCUUCAUUUAAAAGAAUUAUGACGCUUCAUGAUGAAAGCCGAGUUCCUUUGGAAGCCACGAGGCAGAUGCCCCUUCUAACAACCAGAGCAAACAUUUUUAUAGGUACAUGGAACGUCCGAACAAUGUGGGAGACCGGAAAGACCAGUCAAAUAACAAAGGAAAUAAGGAGAUACAACUUAGCAGUACUGGGAAUCAGCGAAACCCAUUGGACUCAAGCUGGACAAUAAAAGCUAAAUACGGGAGAGAUGAUACUAUACUCCGAUCAUAAAGAGGAAAAUGCUCCACAUACUCAGGGAGUUGCACUAAUGCUGUCCAAAGUAGUACGAAAUGCACUUGAAGGAUGGAAAUCUCACGGAUCCAGAAUCAUCAAAGUAUCAUUCAAAACAGAGAAGGAGGGGAUCUUAAUAAAUAUUGUCCAAUGUUAUGCACCCACAAAUGAUAGCAACGACGACAUUAAAGAUCAGUUCUACGAGCGGCUGCAGUCAAUCAUAGAGAAGUGCCCAAGAAAGGAUCUCACCAUUCUGAUGGGAGAUCUAAAUGCCAAAGUCGGAAUAGACAACACCGGAUAUGAAGAUAUCAUGGGACGACAUGGACUGGGACAGAGAAACGAGAAUGGAGAAAGAUUUGCAAAUCUGUGUGCAUUGAACAAAUUAGUCAUAGGAGGCACAAUAUUUCCACACAAACGUAUACACAAAGCUACAUGGAUCUCACCGGACUACACUACAGAGAACCAGAUAGAUCAUAUCUGCAUCAAUAAAAAAUUCCGAAGGACAAUGAAAGAUGUGAGAAGCAGGAGAGGAGCUGAUAUAGCUUUAGAUCACCACCUAGUUGUGGCCAAUUUAAAACUGAAGCUAAAGAAAAACUGGACAACUGGACAAACAGCAAUACAAAGGUUCAAUACAGCCUUCCUUCGAGAUACUGACAGACUCAAUGAUAGCUCUCAACAACAGGUUCCAAGCCUUACAAGAUCUACUGAAAAAAGAAGAAACUAGUAUGGAGGACAACUGGAAAGGCAUCAAGGAAGCAUUAACUUCAACGUGUCAAGAGGUUCUGGGUCUAAAGAAAUACCAUCAUAAGGAAUGGAUCUCUACAGAAACACUGGACAAGAUCAAAGAAAGGAAGAACAAGAAGGCGGCAAUAAACAACAGCCGAACACGAGCAGAGAAAGUCCAAGCACAAGCUGAAUACAUAGAAGCAAACAAACAAGUGAAGAAAAGCAUUAAAGCC